GACCAAUCCAGAGUUCGCCGCCUCUUCUCCUUCACUCGUGCACGAACCAGACACGUAAAGAUAGAUUCCGAUUCCGAUCGAAGGAGGAGGAAAGCUUCGGUCUUGUCGGCAGAUCCAACGGCGUAGAAGGAAAGGGACAAGAAUCACAGCGCUCACCACAAAAAGAAGAGCAAAAUGUCAUCCGGCCAAGUCAAGGCAUCUCACAUACUGAUCAAGCACCAGGGCUCUCGCAGGAAGGCCUCCUGGAAGGACCCCGAAGGUCGUGUCAUCUCCAACACCACCAAAGAGUCUGCCAUCUCCCAGCUCAAGGCCGUCCGCGAAGACAUCGUUUCCGGCAAGACCAAGUUCGAGGAGGUUGCGUCUCGCUACUCCGACUGCAGCUCCGCUAAACGUGGCGGAGAUCUCGGUCCUUUUGGUCGUGGCCAGAUGCAAAAGCCCUUUGAGGAAGCAACUUAUUCUCUUAAGGUUGGAGAGAUAAGUGACAUAAUUGAAACUGACAGUGGAGUUCACAUCAUCUUGAGAUCUGGUUGAUCAUCGAUUAAAAGGCUUGGGAUGAAUUGAGCAAUUUCUUCGCUGUGAUGAGCAAAUUUAUCCAUGACUAUCUUAGUCUUGGUUUUGUUUCUGUUUGGGACAAUAUAGAAGUGUCUUGUGAGCCUUUGCCCUUAGGCCAUUGUUAUGAUUUCUAAUGUUUUUUACUCACUGUUUACUGACCUAUGCUACACCUCCACAGGAUGAACAUUUUGGUUGCUAAGGCUUUUGAUUUCAGGACCUUUUUUUCGCUGUGUUUUGAAAUUUAAAUCAUAAUGAUAAUUGGCUGUGUUUUGAAAUGUUUAUUAUUCAUAAUGAUAAAAACAUUUUACUGUCUCUCUCUAAACUCUUUGUAUUUAGCCGUUCUGACUUCUUGCUC